AAAACUUUUUUUAUCUUUCGUUUGCGGCAAUCUCCAUUGGAGUUCAGUUGAAGAUCCUCGUUAAAUUAUAUCAAUCUCUUAUCAAAGAUAAACAAAUAAUAUUCAACGAGGUGUAUAACGAAUAUACGGAGAAAUUUGUCAACCCGAAUUGUUUCGUUCACAAAUAUGAAGUUGGGAUACAAACUGAUGUAGACAAGACAUGGGAUAAGAUUAAUAUUAAUGCUAAUAAUAAUAAUACUAAGCAGAAACAAAAGGGUAAAAAAGAGUAA